CGCGAGCGCACGCUGUGUGUGUGUGUGUGUGUGUUUUUCUCUUCUUCCAUUUUCGCCUCGUUGACGCCGCUGCCGCUGCUGCAUGUGCGACGAUUUAACGCGGCGUCGGAGUCCAGAGAGGAGCCAGUGCUGCCGGAGAAAAGCGGGCCAAGCUGUCGCGCCCCUUUCCCCUCCGGGAGCGCACCGCUUCCCGUCCUGCGUCCAGCCUCGGGCAGGGCAGCCAUGAAAGAUGAAGUGAAACGACCAGGUGGAUUGUUGCCACUAUGCGUGGUCAUGUGACUGAGCUGGGCUCUUGCACUGGACAUAGGAUCUUUCUUCCUACUGACUUUCUGUAGUUGUCCUGUCAUCACCAUGAGAGGAUCUGUCAGAUGCUCGACCUCUGUGCCCUCAUACUGGCGCUACCGUUGUGCUGCGUGAGCACCCCCCCCUCCUCCGGCAUUUACUGCCCGGAAUGGCCUCUCUGGACCUGCCAUACCGCUGUCCUCGCUGCGGGGAGCACAAGCGCUUCAGGAGCCUGUCCUCCUUACGUGCCCACCUGGAGUACAACCACACGUACGAGACCCUCUACGUCCUCUCCAAGUCCAACAGUGUCUGUGACGCGGCUGCUCUGCUGCCCCUAGUGGCCGAGGGAGCUCUCCUCACACCUGCCAACAACAACGACCCCUUUGAGCCGCUGCGGCCUUCAGCUUUGAAGGAGCGCCGCUUCCCCUGCCGUGAACUCCCUUGUGCGGACGACCUGAGUUUGACCGCGGCUAACUCCAACAGCGCAGCUCGGUAUAUUCCCAAUGUGGAGUUUCCCCUGGGGGAGAUUUUUAUGAAGAAAGCCAUGACAUCCGCAGACCCGGGUCCCCAUGGAAACCCCAGCACCGCUGUGGCAGUGGCUGCUAACGUCGCGGCUAGUGCGGUGGAGGCGGCCUAUGAGGAAGGCCUGGCCAGGCUGAAGGCGCGCGCAUUUGAACGACUGGAGCUGGACGAGAGGCUGGAGAAGUUGUCUGAGGAGGUGGAGCAGAAAAUAGCAGCCCGUGUGGGCCGCCUUCAGGCAGAGCUGGAGAGGAAGAGCUCCGAGCUGGAGCGGGCCAAGCAGGAGAGCGAGCAACUGAGCCAGGAGAAGCAGGACCUGGAGGACAAGGCCUCGGAGCUCUCUCGGCAGGUGGACGUCUCUGUGGAAAUGCUGGCUAACCUCAAACAGGAUCUGGUGAACAAGGAGACUGAGCUCACCCACAAACAGCAGGAGGUCGCCCAGAUUGACCAGUUCCUCCAGGAGACGGCGGCGCGCGAAGCCAACGCCAAGGUGCGCCUGCAGCAGUUCAUCGAGGAGCUGCUGGACCGAGCCGACCGCGCGGAGAAACAGCUGCAGAUCAUCAGCAGCUGUGGCACCACGCCGAACGGGAGCCUGGGACGCUGCAGCCUCCAGGCCUCAAAGGGCAAUGGACACCAGAGAAACUCCAGCCUCUCUGGGAGCACCAGGGGCAUGUACCAGGUGUCAGAGCGACGUUCCUCCCCCAGCACAGGAGCAUCGGGACGGAUAAAGUCCGUCUCGCAGGGAUCUGGCGGUUACGACAGUGACAGCGUCGAGAUGCAUCCCAUGGAGGACUGUCCCGAGGCCCAGUACUAUCACAUGCAGUGUCGGCUGGGCGAGGGGGGUUACGAGCGGUCCCCUGGGUGUGGCGGCUCCAGGAACUGGGGUCUCCGCAAACAGGCCAUCCAGAACUGGCAGCGACGACCGUACAGGAACAGCACCGAGGGCGAUGAGGGAGACGUGUCGGACGUGGGCUCCCGGACGACCGAGUCCGAGGUGGAGAUGUGGGAGCAGGAGAGGAGAGCCGUGGCUGAGGUCCAGCAGGCUGCCCCGCCCUAUCCUCACCAGGGCAGGGCAGCAUACCGCCCCAACACAGGACGGUCGGAUGGGGUCCACAGCAAGCCAUGUCGUCAUGAAAAGAGCCCGUCCAAGUCCAACGAGGUGAUCAGUCCGGAGAUCCUGAAGAUGCGUGCAGCCCUCUUCUGCAUCUUCACCUACCUGGAUACCAAAACGCUGCUGAGGGCAGCGGAGGUCUGCCGGGACUGGAAGUUCGUGGCUCGCCACCCGGCCGUGUGGACCAGAGUGCUCCUGGAGAACGCCCGCAUUUCUUCCAAGUUCCUGAGCACGCUGUCUCAGUGGUGCACUCAGACGCACUCCCUCAUCCUGCAGAACCUCAAACCGCGACAGCGCGGCAAGAAGGAAACAAAGGAGGACUACCUGAAAAGCACACGUGGCUGUCUGGAGGAGGGUCUGGAGGCGCUGCUAAAGGCCACAGGAAGCAACCUGCUGAUACUGAAGAUUUCACACUGCCCCAACCUGCUGACGGAUCGCUCCCUCUGGCUGGCCAGCUGCUACUGCCGAGCUCUGCAGGCUGUAACCUACAGGAGUGCCACUGACCCAGUUGGCCAGGAGGUGAUCUGGGCCCUCGGAGCAGGUUGUAGAGACAUCAUCUCCCUACAGGUGGCGCCACUGCACCCAUGCCAACAGCCGGCUCGUUUCAGUAACCGAUGUCUGCAGACUAUUGGACGAUGUUGGCCACACCUCCGCGCUCUCGGUGUGGGAGGGGCAGGAUGUGGCAUCCAGGGUUUGGCCUCGCUUGCGAGGAACUGCAUGCGUCUGCAGGUGCUGGAGUUGGACCAUGUGAGUGAAAUCAACCAGGAGGUGGCAGCAGAGGUCUGCAGAGAAGGCCUGAAGGGUCUGGAGAUGCUGGUGCUCACCUCCACACCGGUCACCCCCAAAGCCCUGCUCCACUUCAACAGUGUUUGCCGCAACUUGAAGUCCAUCGUGGUCCAGAUCGGUAUAGAAGACUACUUUGAGGACCCCAACAGUCCCGAAGCAAGAAAACUGUUUGAUGAGAUGGUUAACAAGCUGCAGGCUCUGAAGAAGAGACCUGGAUUUUCCAAAAUCCUCCACGUGAAAGCAGACAGUCUCUGCUAACAUCUCUUGUUCAGAUUUUUCAACGUCUUGGUGAGGUGCCAUCUUGCCUCCGGUCAGUCCGAAAGACCCAGCUGUUUUGAGCCCACUCCGUGGGGCCGAGUGUGUCUGCAGCACCAACAGAAACAACAGUUCACCAUGAAAGUUCACCGCGAUGAACCAGGACCGCGGCUCAAUGUGCAUCAUCUACCCAAGCUUGAAACAGAAAAUCUAGUCUAAAACUAUUCCAGCAUUGGGAAUCAAUAUCUCCUUGAAGUUGGCUUUGUGGUAGAGAGCAAGUCAGGAGGCUUAUUCGCAGUGGCACUAUAUAUGACAUAAAGGGUCUGUUUUAAACCUAACAAACUCAAAUAACCCAACCUAAGUUCCUUGUUUCUCAAUCAUUUCAAUAUGAAGAUGAAUCAUGUGGUCGCACAAAGCCCAGACCCCUUUCUCCAGAGAAACACCUGGAGCCAGGUGACAAUGCUGUAUUUACCUGUCCGCAUCAACAUAGCGCUUGCUGUAAAAACCUGAGACGACCCUCGGCUCACGGGCAGGAGCACAUCACACGGCGAUCAUCCUUACCACAGAGAAGGGCACCAAAUGUCGGCAGGGGUUUUAAGAAAAUCGAUUUCCUCAAAGGAUCUUGACUUCUCUUUAAGGGUAAGAGUCUCGAAAAACGGGAGCUUUGUGUUCGUGUGCGUGGAUGAGUGAAUGCAGAAGUAGACCUGCCAACAUUUGAAUGAAUGGGCUUUCAUGCCGCCUGCCCUGCACAACUGUACGUUGAAAGUUGACAUUGGACAACGUUCAACACUUCCGGCUUCACCCAGAACAGCAACGCGCUUGCACCAGCUCCAGGCACAGCGGCGCACUGCCUCCCUGCAACGCACAGACCUUGACAGUCUCACAGCCGCUGCAUGGCAAUGACGCAUUCUGCCUCUUCUAGCAUCCUCUGCUUCCUCAUGUGUGAACAGGAUCAUGUCAUCGACUGGGACUUUUUCUUUGUCCUUAAUCUCUUGUCUGAGAGAACAGGAUGCAGCAUCUGAUGUUGCUCUUCAAUAAGCCUGUGGGGGGGGGAAAGGGUCAUAAUGCAUUUCUCUCGAAAAACCGGUGCCAUUCGAAAACGGUGUCUGUCCUCAUUCCGGUGAGCUUCUUCUCCAAUGUGCCAUUAAUGAGGGAAGGGGUCAGAUGUUGUAAGAAUGAUGAGUCUUCCUGGGUGUUUUGUUUCACGUGGAACAUGAUCUCCAGGUUAUUAUACAGUAGUGUUUAUAUAUCAUGAACGUCUCCUACUGAAACAGUGCCAUUUCCUCGUCAUAGGGCUCUCCGUGGCUGAGCCCACGUACAAUCCUUAUUUAUCCAGCAGUGGAUAUCCUCUGGCUCCCUCUACUGGUGUUGUCAGGCAGUCGUACAGGCGGCGUGAUCAGACACUCGAAAACGUUGCCCCAGGAAUCCGCUCUGAUAUUUCGGAGGUGUCGAAACCAAGAGAGUGAGUCAUCUUCGAGCUGGCGCAAGUCUUUUGUCACUGUUCAGUGUAGAAAUCGUCAACAGGUAUGAGUAGCAAUACUUACAAGCAGUGAGACCGAGUGGGCCCUCCUCCUCUGUGGUCAUUUAAAGGGGCGCUCCGCCAAUUUCACACACCAAAAUCAAAUUGCGAGUUGUGAGGGGAACCACUCAGCCUGACAAACAAAAGAGGUAUACUGUCUUCUGUGGCUCUGGGGGAGCUUUGUCGAGUCUGAGAAAAUAACCCUGACGAUGUGAUCAGGGUUCAUUUUAGACUUGGGAGAUUAUACAGUUACAUUAAAACCUAUCCUGCAAAUGGGUUUGGGUGGAGUUAGAGAGAUGUUGGUGUUUACAAGGCGUAGAGGGCCAAAUAUGAGAAGAUAUUAAGGGAAGGCGCAUAUUGAGCUUGGCGCAUCCGAAAUAAGGAUUUCUCUUCUGUCCGUCAAGAUAGUCCCCUUAUGAAAGUGCAAUACUAACUCGGGGGAGAACCCCUUCAAACAGAGCUCCUUCUAGACACUUACAAUCUUUCUUUUUAAAGAUUUUUUUUAAAUGAAUCCUGCACCAGGGGGAGGGACAACGUCACGUCUCCUACCUAACGACACGCAAACAAGUUGUUCCUGUUACCUCAUUUGUCUAUACAGCAGAUUUUAACAUUCAUGGCAGGAGUGUGCAACAGAGCGAGGUGACAGUUUCCAUGAAUACUGAGCAGGGGUCUGUCCUGUGGGCACACUGACGCCGAGAGCCGUUACCUACCGUUAGUUGUUUUUUCGUUUGGUCUCUACUUCAUAGUCAACAGUGUUUAUGAGGACUUGUGUAGCUGCGUUUUGUGGUAAUGAUGUUUGAGGUUCGUGUGUGAGAACAGUCGUGGAUGUCCAUUUCUUCAUGCUCUUCCAGGACUGCAUAUAAUUAUGAUCCUACACUGGUUCUGCUGGGUUCUGUCGACGGAGGAAAAGGGUUUGUGAGAAAGGUGCAAAAACAAAAAGCACUUGUUGAUUUUGAGUUUUAGACAAUCCUGCCUUCGCUAACAGCCACUCUGUACAAAGUGUUUGUAAGAAAAAGAAAAGAAGAAAACACGUCAACAAAAACCAGAAGAAAAAAAAAAAGGACCAACAUUUGAUGUUCUACAAUAUUAAGGUCGUAAAUAUGAGUGGAAAAGGUUGAAGUUUACAGGCCUUCAUUCUGUAAGCAUUUUCUCUCCAAAGUUGAAUGAAAGCAACAUAGAGAAUUAUAUUAUGUAUAACAGUAGUGUUGAAACUGAAGUUGUGUAUUAGAUACUUUAUAUUAAAUGUGCAUCAGAGUCAUAUAGAGAUGGAGAUUAUUUAAGAAGAGGAUAAAGCUAAAUAAUUCAGCUAUUUAUUUCUAUAUUUUAAAAAAAAGAGCGCUGUGUAUAAUGUUGGCAUGUUUGUGUUCAAGCAUCAAUCAUUGAGUUGCCUUCUGAACUGUUCUGCUACUGUGGCCAGAAAAUUAUUCGAUGUUUAAAGAGCUUUGAUUGCCUGCAGGUUAAUAACGUUUUUCUUUAUUUGAUCCAGUCUGUUGUUGCACUAGUGAGAAAAGAAGAAGAAAAAAAAAUAUUUCAGAUGUUUAUUAUAAGAGUGUUGUUUUUAAAUGUUUAGCUAUUUCUCAGUAUUUGACAAAAAUAUGAUGCACUUUUUCCCUGAACGCUUUUCUCGGCCUGCCGGUCAUCGGUCAGAAACAAAACUGGUUUGCUGUGAGCGUGAUGCCCGGCGGCAUCUCAUGGUGUAGUAUGAAAAACGUAACUGUUCACUUUCGUGUUCGGUUUCAUGGGACGAACGGGUUUUUUUGGGAAACGCAGCGACGACAUAUGAACUUGUGAACGGACGUACAGUUUGCCUCUUUUCUCUUACACCAUCUCUCAUGUCUCUAUCGGUUGGGAUGCUACAAAGAUUGAAUCUGAUUCAACUACAUGCAAGUGCUUUUUAGGUUCAUUGCCAAUAUGACCUUAUUCUCUCCUUUAUGUUUCAUGCUCAUACCAACAAAACAUUUGCUCUCUUGUGAAAAUGGACCUGCUGAAGAUGUUGCCGAGCCUGUGGGCUCUAAUCUGAAACUGCAGAUUUGAGGUGCCAAGUACGCCAGAAUAUUAUUUUUUGGCAUACAUCUCCAUUCUCUGCCUCUCCAAAUGUCGCCCUGACAAAUACUAAUUUAUUUUAUCUAUUCAGUCUUAAGCAGCGUCUGUAAAUGUGUAUUUAAUUGUUAUUUUUUCUCCUUUGAAUCCAGAUUUAGUCCUCCUUUGUUGCAAUGACACAACUUCAUUAUACUGUGCAACUGAAAGACAGUGUCUGAGUGUUCAUGUACCUCUCUGUACAUAUUUUAUGUAUGAAUGAUUGUACUCAUGCCCAUUCAUCUGAAUAGUAUUUUACACAUUACCUCGACACUUAUCUGGGCAAUUAAGUGUGCAGUUUGUCUUUGUAUUUUUCUCAUUGUUUGACUGCCAUCACCAGGUCUGCCAAUUGAUCCAUGAACUUCAUCCUUGUUGCUAUACAACGACAAUACGGAUUUUUGUUGCUGGACAAAAAAAAAAACUUUCCCAAAAGAUGAUCAGCCUUCUACGACGACUGCAACAGAUGGAAAUGUUUUACUACCCAUUUUCACUCAUUUGUUGUCAUCAAUAAAAUUGCUUUAAAUUGUA